UAACCGGGGCUGAUGCAACCCACCCCGCUGCCCGCCACAGCCUGCGGGAGGCACGCACCGGGGCGGCGGGGGGCAGCGGCGUGCACCGACAUCGGGGCCCGGGGGUCGGGGCAGCAGCGGAGGCGGCGGCGGCGGCGGGACUGAGCCUGCAGUCCGCGCCCGGCCCCUGCGGCCGGGCACCCCGGCAGCCCAGUCUCCCUGCACGCCUUCGAAGCUGUUUCCCCUGCUAUGAUGCCAGGGCAGAUCCCUGACCCGUCUCUGACGGCUGGUGCGCUGCCUGGGCUUGGCCCCUUGACGGGACUGCCUGGCACAGCCCUGACUGCUGAGGAGCUGAAGUACGCUGACAUCCGCAACAUCGGGGCCAUGAUCUCACCACUCCACUUCUUGGAGGUGAAGCUUGGGAAGAGACCCCAGCCUGUGAAAAGUGAGCUGGAUGAGGAAGAGGAGAGGAGGAAAAGGCGCCGUGAGAAAAACAAAGUAGCAGCAGCACGAUGUCGUAACAAGAAGAAGGAGAGGACAGAGUUCCUGCAGCGGGAGUCUGAGCGCCUAGAGCUCAUGAACGCUGAGCUGAAGGCCCAGAUAGAAGAGCUGAAACAGGAGAGGCAGCAGCUGAUCCUGAUGCUGAACCGGCACCGUCCCACAUGCAUCGUGCGGACAGACAGCAUCAAGACACCCGAGAGCGAAGCCAACCCACUGCUGGAGCAGCUAGAGAAGAAGUGAAAGUGGCACAGGGCCAGGAGGAGGAGACAGUGGUGCAGGGUCUUCCAGGGUCUCUAAUGUAUGUACUGUAUGAAGAACUGUGCACCAGGCCUGGUGCAGCCAGGACCCAGUGGGCUUCCUUGGAAACUAUGGACUAAACCAAUAUGGGGACAGAGAAGAUGAGAAACCUGCCAACCAUGUAUUCUGAGGCUGAACCCGGGAGCAGGGCUAGCAGUGCCGGUGAGGGCAACCUCCCUGUGAUACCUCAUCAUGGCCCUUCAGCCUGCUCGUGGCCCUGGGCACCCACAGUGCCAGAGCACGUCCCACAAGGCUCGCGUGCCCUGCGGAGAGCAGGCACCGCGUGGUGUCUGCUGGCGCCCUUGCCCAGAGGCUGCCACCACUCCUGGCCCACGCUCUGGAGGGAAACCCAAACCCAAGAACCACAAACACUUGAUGCAGCCCCGCCUGGCAGGCAGGGCGUGGCGGGGCUCGGUGGCGCAGGCGCCCCCACAAGCACACUCUCAGUACAAUGUUUACAGCCCAGCUGUCGGUGUCGGCCGUGCUCUUGAAUGCACAUUUUUACACUUUUUUAGAAGUAUUUUUUACAAAGUUUUUAUACAGUGAUCUCUAUAAGGAUUUAUAUAAUCACUCGAUGUGAUCUCAUACCAGCGUAUGUUACGACGCUCUCGUUUGUUACAGAUGCAUAUGCCACAGUUAUCUCCAUUGCCUUACUCGUCCAGUAGCGUCUGGCUCCUCCUUCCCUGGCGUGCUGGGAAGGGGAGGUCCAAGCUGCCCUCCGCAGUGGUGUCGCUACCCUCUCCGUCCAUGUAUGUCCUUCAUAAUACUCAGUUCUGUAGCUCUCAGUAAAUGUUACCUUUACACA